AUGCCCCAUCAAAUUGAUCCAUCAUGUAGUUUUACAGAAGGAGGCGAUUGUCUUGCAAAGGACGCAUUCGGCGUGCAUCGUGAAGCACAAGUACUUGCAAAAAGGGGCAACGAAAAUGCACAAACAGAAGAGAUCUAUGUGCAUUUCAAUGGAUUCGAUAAAAGAUGGGAUCGAUGGACAAACGCCGGUCAAGCAAGGAAAUUCCGAAAGCAUUAUGCGAAGAUUCGAAAAGAAGAGAAAAGUGAAAAAGAAGAUGUUGAUGAUAAACGGCCUCGUCCAAAGCGUCAACUCGAUGACCAUCAAUUGACGUUGAGUGAAGUCGAGGAGAAGAUUCGAGAUCAACAUGAACAGCGAACUCGAAUCAAAAACAUUCAACUCGUUCAUUUCGGUGAAUGGGAAUUGGAAACAUGGUAUUAUUCCCCGUAUCCCGAAGAGGUGCAACACGAAAAGAAACUUUUUGUUUGUGAUCGAUGUUUCUAUUAUUGUAAUGGCGAGAGACGAAUGAGAGCUCAUUUGCACAUAUGCAAAUUAAUGGCACCACCUGGACGAAAAAUUUACGCUGAAGGGAAUAUAACGAUUUUUGAGGUUAAUGCCGAUACGGAGGAUCCAGUGGUUAAGACGUACACCCAAUGUUUGUGUCUUUUCUCGAAACUCUUCAUGGACAAUAAAACAAUCUAUUUUGAUUUGAGAGAAUAUUCAUUCUAUGUUCUUUGCCAAAGUGAUUCGAGUGGAAAUCUUCGACCGGCCGGCUAUUUUUCGAAACAAAAAAUGGAACCCCAACAUAAUUUGUCGUGUCUUGUCGUUUUUCCCGCGUAUUUUCGACAUGGAUAUGGAUUAUUGUUGAUUCAAUUGAGCUAUGAACUUUCGAGAAGAGAAGGACUGAUAGCUGGACCGGAAAAGCCGCUAUCUGAACUUGGAUUGGCAAGUUAUCGUCGUUAUUGGUCAUGGAUGGUGAUCGAUUUGUUGAGAUCGAUGACAGAUCGACAAACAAUUGGAAUUGACGAGAUUUGUGUGAGAUUGGGGAUAAUCGAUGAGGAUGUGCGGGACACAGUGUUUGAUCUCGAUUUGAUCGAUCCGAAAAGAGAUGAUGCGAUUUCGACAAUCUCCACUCGUCAACUCGAUGAUUUGAGCGAGAAAAAGGCGAAAAAACCUUCACUUCUUCUCAAUCCAAAACUUCUCAAAUGGAGGGGAAACGGAAAGAAAACC